GACUCAAACUGAAACUCUCUUCUUCUUCUUCUUCUUCUUCUUCUUCUUCUUCCAUUUUCUCUCUGAAGUUACAGCUAUCUCUACAAACAAGAAAAUGACUUCUUCUAUGUUUAAACUUAUUUUAGUCUUUGGUCUUUUGGCCACUUCUUGCAUGGCCCAAGCACCAGGAACUUCACCAACUCCACCACCAAAAUCAGCACCAACACCGUCACCAAAACCAGCACCAACACCGUCACCAAAAUCAGCACCAACACCGUCACCUUCUCCAUCUCCAUCAUCACCAGCUCCUAAACCAUCCCCGAAAACCUCUCCAUCUCCUUCUCCAUCAUCUCCGGCACCAACUUCCCCUACUUCCUCUCCUCCACCGACUCCUUCCACCACCCCUUCACCUGGUGGUUCUGAGACUCCUGCUCCUCAACCACCACCAAGUGACAACUUUGCUGCCGGUAGAGUUGAUAGAGCUAUUCUCGCCGGAACUGUAAUUGCUGGAAGUUUCUUGGCCUUUGCUUUGGCUUAAGGUUUCCAAAUUAUAUUCAUUUCAUUAUCGGCUUAACUUAGAUCUUUUAUGAGAUCUAUUAUUUUCUGGUAUUUGUUGGUUGACUUUAGUGGUAUUUUUUUGUUCCUAUUUGAUAUUUUAUUUAUUUUUGUUUUUGUGAU